GUUCGAGGCAUUGCUAAGGGUGUCAAGAGCCUCGCCGUCGACUUGGCCGGCCAUGCAUACGAUGGUGCCCACGCCAUCCUCAGCCGCGACAUCGCUAUACAGUUGAUCAGUGCCACCAAUAGUUAUGAAAUUGGUGAAUGAGUUGCUGCACAAAACGUGUUUGAUGAAAUGCCCCAGUCAAACUCUAAUACAUCACCCAUUUCAAAAUUCAUAAGAUCCCCAAUUCCACACUCAUACCACUGCUAUGCAAUUUCAUUUUAGAAGGAGUGGGAGCACGCUGACGGCAAAGUAGAAGUGGUAGUUGGGGAUGAGGAAGAAACCGUUAGGAACUGGGAAUCUGGGAUGACAUGAUGAUGGCAGUAGGAGAGGAAGGGGUUUUAUUAUUAUUUUAAUGUGUGACAUGUGAACCGUUGGAUUCAUCCAAUGAUCCAAAAUGCUGCAGGAGGGAGAUGGAGAGAGCAUAGUGCUGGAGAGGAUCCGGACUCAACUUUGGGGAAGAAAAAGAAACUGAACGUGGUUUAUUUUUAAUGACAGAACGUGGCUUUGCCUUUGAGGAGCAAAUGGGAAUGGGAAACUUGGAAAGGAAACGUAUUUGAAGAAACGUCUUCCCUUGUUACCAACCUUGGGAGAGACGCGUGAGUCAUACAAGAUUAAAUUUGAUCACGAUGCUGAUAUGGGAAUUCCAGGAGCAUUUUACAUCAAAAGCUAUAUGCAAAUUGAGUUCUUCCUUGUCAGUGUCACCCUCAAAAACAUUCCCAAUCUGGGAACAAUUCACUUUGAUUGUAACUCCUGGAUUUACAACCAUAAAUUAUACAAAAACAUGCAUCGCAUUUUCUUUACCAAUCAUACAUAUCUUCCAAGUCAAACACCAACAGCUCUAGUUAACUACAGAGAAGAAGAGUUGGAGAAUCUAAGAGGAGAUGGAACAGAAGAACGCAAAUAUUCUACUUCUGAGCAGCCAUCUAUUAGGAUGUAUAUACCAAGAGAUGAAAAUUUUGGUCACUUGAAGUCAUCAGACUUCCUUACAUAUGAAAUAAAAUCAUUAUCACAGAACUUGUGGCCUUUGUAUAAAUCUGUGAUCUCUGAUUUAAACUCUGCGCGAGAUGAGUUUGAUAGCUUUGAUGAAGUGUGUCGACUAUAUGAAGGUGGAAUUAAGCUGCAUACAAGUAUACUCAGUAAAAUUAGCCCUUUACCAGUCCUUAAGGAAAUCUUUCGCACAGAUGGUGAAGAUGUCCUCAAAUUUCCACCACCUCAUGUAAUCAGAGCUAGCAAGUCUGCAUGGAUGACUGAUAUUGAAUUUGGACGACAGAUGAUUGCUGGUGUAAAUCCUAAUGUUAUUCGAUUGCUCCGAGAGUUCCCACCAAAAAGCAAGCUAGAUGCUAGACUCUAUGGUGAUCAAACUAGUACAUUAACAAAAGAACACUUGGAGAUCAACCUGGGUGGACUCACAGUAGAUAAGGCACUUGGUGCUAAGAGGUUAUUCAUACUAGAUUACCAUGACGCUUUCAUGCCUUAUUUGGAGAAGAUAAACAAAAUUGCAAAGGCUUAUGCCACCAGGACAAUCCUAUUUUUGAAAGAUGAUGGGGCUUUAACACCACUUGCCAUCGAGUUGAGUCUGCCACAUCCAAAUGGUGCUAAAAGCAAGGUCAUCUUACCUGCCAACAAAGGUGCUGAAAGUACAAUUUGGCUACUGGCCAAGGCUCAUGUUAUUGUGAAUGACUCGGGCUAUCAUCAACUCAUGAGCCAUUGGCUAAAUACUCAUGCAGUGAUGGAGCCAUUCAUCAUAGCAACAAACAGACAUCUCAGUGUCCUUCACCCGAUUAAUAAACUCUUAUAUCCUCAUUACCGUGACACAAUAAAUAUCAAUGGACUUGCUCGGCAGUCCUUAAUUAAUGCAGGUGGCAUUAUAGAACAAUCAUUUUUGCCUGGACAAUAUUCUAUGGAGAUGUCUUCUGCAGUUUACCAGGAUUGGGUUUUCACUGACCAAGCUUUACCAGCUGAUCUUAUUAACAGAGGAAUGGCAAUUAAGGAUCCCUCUGCCCCCUAUGGUCUUCGCCUUGUUGUAAAGGACUACCCUUAUGCUGUUGAUGGACUUGAGAUAUGGGAUGCUAUUAAGACAUGGGUUCUAGACUAUGUGUCCUUAUAUUACUCGACAGAUGAUGAAAUCCAGAAAGACACUGAACUACAAGAUUGGUGGAAAGAUGUUGUACAGAAGGGUCAUGCUGACUUGAAAGACAAGGCAUGGUGGCCUAAGAUUCAAACUCUUGAUGAGUUGGUUGAGUCGUGCUCUACUAUCAUAUGGAUUGCUUCAGCUCUUCAUGCAGCUGUUAAUUUUGGACAAUAUCCUUAUGGAGGUUAUAUCCUGAACCGCCCAACACUGAGCAGGAGAUUGAUUCCGGAAAAAGGAACUCCAGAAUAUGAUGAGAUGGUGAAAAAUCCUCAAAAGGCUUAUUUAAGAACAAUCACACCAAAGUUCAAGGCCCUGAUUAAUCUUUCAGUGAUACAGGUAUUGUCUAGGCAUGCUUCUGAUGAGGUCUACCUUGGACAGAGGGAAAACCCAAAUUGGACAUCCGAUACAAGGGCAUUACAAGCCUUGCAAAAGUUUGGAAGCAAGCUGGCUGAAGUUGAAGGAAAAAUUGCAGGGAGGAACAGAGAUUCAAGACUGAAAAACCGAACUGGGCCAGUUGAACUGCCCUACACUUUGCUCCUUCCUUCUAGUGUGGAAGGAUUAACUUUCAGAGGAAUUCCCAACAGUGUCUCUAUUUAAAUUAAUUAGUGUAUGGUUUCCUUAUCUAUCGUAUUUCUUAGUAAAGUGACAAUGCUUCUCUAUGCUACAUUUAGGACAUGCACAUCUUACAAAGCUAUGUCACAUUCUACAAUGUUAAUUCUAAGAAAAUGUUAUACUCC